AUGAGAACUCCAAUCGGUUCUUUCCAGGGUGGACUUUCCUCAUUGGGCUACGUUGACUUGGGUGUUCACGCUGUUAAGGCUGCCCUUGCCAAAGUGCCUCAAAUAAAGCCUACCGAAGUCGAGGAAAUUUUCUUUGGUAACGUCUUGCAGGCCAACGUCGGCCAGGCUCCUGCUAGACAGGUGGCAAUUGGUGCUGGUCUCGGUGAAGACACUCCUGCCACUACUAUCAAUAAGGUGUGUGCUUCCGGUAUGAAGGCAACCAUUCUUGGAGCCCAGACUAUUUUGACAGGUGGUGCCGACAUUGUCGUUACCGGUGGUGCUGAAUCCAUGACCAAUGCUCCUUACUAUAUUCCUGCAGCUAGAGCCGGUCUUAGAUUCGGUAACAAUGUCAUCGUCGAUGGUCUUUCACGUGAUGGUUUGAACGAUGCUUACAAUGGUGAUGCCAUGGGUCUCGCUGCUGAGAAGUGUGCCUCUGAUUAUGACAUUAGCCGUAAAGAUCAGGAUGAUUUUGCCGUUAACUCCUACAAAAAGGCCCAAAAAGCCCACGAGAACGGUAAAUACAAGGAGGAAAUCUCUCCAAUUACCAUCAAGGGUAAGCGUGGUAAGCCUGAUGUCACCAUUGAGAUUGAUGAAGAGGUCAAGAGAUUGAACGAGGACAAAUUACGGUCUGCCAGAACCGUUUUCAAGAAGGACGGUACUGUUACUGCUCCUAAUGCUUCUCCUAUCAAUGAUGGUGGUGCUGCUCUCGUUCUCAUGUCCAAGAAGAAGGUCAAAGAGUUGGGUAUUAAGCCUUUGGCUAAGAUCUUGUCAUGGGCCGAUGCUGCUCGUGCCCCUAUCGACUUUACUACGGCUCCUUCUUUGGCUGUUCCUAAAGCCGUCGAGCGUGCCGGUUUGACCUUGGAUGACAUUGACUAUUUCGAGUUUAAUGAAGCUUUCUCGGUCGUUGGUAUUGCCAAUCCUAAAAUCUUGGACCUUGACCAAUCUAAAGUCAACAUCUAUGGAGGUGCUGUCGCUAUGGGCCAUCCUCUUGGUUGCUCGGGCGCUCGUGUUAUCAUCACCUUGAAUUCUAUCUUACACCAAGAGAAUGCCAAAAUUGGUGCUGCUGGUAUCUGUAAUGGUGGUGGUGGUGCUUCUGCGAUUGUCAUUGAGAAGUGCUGA